UGUCUCUCUCUUUAACCUCAGUCAACUGUCUACUGUUUCUGUCGUUGUUGAAUCCCUCAAUGGAUUCGGGCUGAUUCUAAUGCAUUUGGGGAGCUCAGAUAUGGCUGGAAGUGCACUGGGAACGGUCCUCUCUCUCCUGCUCUUCGCCUCUAUUAUACAAGGGCUCCGGGAUUUUCAGGUGUUCCAUAUUGAAAAGAUGGAGGCAGUAGUGGGCCAGACUGUUACCUUACCCUGUAUUGUAAAAAACAGUACCAAUCUCCAGAUUGUCAGUAUUGAAUGGAGUAAGAACAAAAAUAACAACGCAAAGCUGGCUGUGUUCAGCAAAGGGUUUGGAACCCAUCUAUUUUGGCCUAAUGUCACCAUCCAGAGCUUGUCAAUGGGCUCCUAUCUACACCUUUCUAAUGUGGCGAAAUGGGACAGUGGCAUCUAUAUUUGUGACAUCACAAGUUUUCCUCGGGGCUCCAUCAGGAGCGAAACAGAGCUAAAGAUCAAAGAUGCCGAUGUGGAAAUAAUGUGUGAUGUAAACAGCACUGUUGAGGUCCAUACUGGAGAAAAUGUGACCAUUCACUGCAUAUCAUUCCCUAAUACAGAGUACAGGUGGACAAAGAAUGAGACACUGGUGUCAGAGAAAGCAUCUCUGGAGCUCUGGUGGGUGACGGAUUCUCACACAGGGGUUUAUGCACUGACUGUCACCACAGGAUACAAAAGUCUGCAUAAAGAGUUUACCGUCACAGUGCUAACAGCAACCACAAGCUUAAGGACAGAUCUCGUGACAGUGUUGCCUCAGUCCAAUGCAACUGUGCAGGGUUUGAUCAGAUCAACAGGACGUGGCCAUACUACAUCACCGACCACUGGGCUUUCAACAACUGAUACCAAUGUAACGUGGACCAUGAGUACGGGCAUUGAUGUAACAGAAGAUCCAAAUCCUAGCAAAUCUACAAUCACAGCUGCACAGCGUCUUACACACACCAGCGUCACAUCACCCCCUGCCUCAUACACUGACCUCUAUCACUCAAACAACACCAGUGAUCUUGAGAUAAACCCGACUCACAGUUUAAACACAUCCACUUUUUCUGACCAAUCAGUGACCAGCAACCUAUCCACAACAUUGAGUUAUAACAGUAAGGUGUUGAGAUCAACACAGGAGAUAAGGAAUCAGUCCAUGGGAACCAUCGUGGAAAACUCUGACAGUCCUGGUGCAACCCAAACCCUGACUACUGGGACUGAGAAUAAAGAUACUGAUGGUGUACGGAGUCAUCUGUGGUUGGUGUUAAUCAUCGCUCCAAUGCUGGUAUUGAUCGCUGUGGCUGGUAUUCUCUGCAGGAGAAAAAUUAUAAAGCAGAGGAUGGAUCUACCACCUCCAUUUAAACCCCCACCUCCUCCAAUCAAGUACACAGCUGCAAGACACCGCGAGCCUUUCCCCACUUCAAGGUGUAACUCGAUAACAGAUCUCACAGAUAUGGGACAAAAGUGUACUUAUAUAUAAUCUCUAAUGAGUUGAUAAAUUACAUGCAGUAAUUCAUUGAGGGGAUGAGGGGGUGUUUCCUGUCUUGGUUACGUGCAGAAUUACAAAAUGUCUUGCUUUUAGUUGUGGUCAGUUUUGAACUGCAGUUACAAUACAGUUGCAGGCAACUGUUCAAAUGUGGGAUGUGUGUAUAUCUGGGGUGAGUGUGUUGGGUUUCUAUGCUACUGUGUAUUAAAUGUUUUUGUGGUUUUAAUUUUUUUUCUAACAAAUGUAUUCAAAUUAAUGAUAAAGUUAGAAAAUAAAAGCUUGCUUAAAUUGACUGAACUACUA